AUGUCGCACCCGAUCGGCGACUAUCUAGCAUCGGAUACCGAUAUAUUGGUAGCGGCUGAUAUUUUGGGCCAAUAUCUCUACGGCGAUGCCAACAAUGACAAUGAUAAAGAGACUCAAUGCGAUUUGCUGACGGAAGAUGGGGGCCAUAUGAUGGAUCCGACUCGGCUACCCUACAGGGAAAAGAUAAAAUGGCAUUUGAAGGAAUUUUGCUACAAGACGUCGAGUCACGGGAUCCCAAUGCUGGGCCAGGCGCCAAAUACCGUCUAUCGUGUAAUCUGGAUGGUGCUACUAACGUGCUGCGGCGCCAUGUUCAUCUACCAAGCCUUCCACGUCGUCAGCAAGUAUAAACGGAUGGAGAAAAUCACGGAUAUUCAAUUAAAGUUCGAUACGGCUCCAUUCCCGGCGAUCACCCUGUGCAACCUGAACCCCUAUCGCGAUUCCCUUGUUCAAGAUGUUGAAGCAGUUCGCAAGAUUAUAAAAGUUUAUCGAGCCGUCAUGGAGAAGGCGGGUGUGCUGAAUGUAGAUGUUCAACGCGAAUCGCUCGUCGCGAAAAUCGACUCGCCAUGGCUUGAUGGUAGCCUGAAGCAGGGGCAAAGCAAGGCGCGGCUGAAGCGGGCGCUGGCGAAUAUGCUUUUGAACCGACCCGGCGCUAAAAUGUGCAAAUGCGCUUUCGACAGGGAGAGCGAUGACGCGUGGCCCUGUUAUCCUGAGGCCGAUUGGGUUUUGGAAUCGUGCUCUUGCGACAAGCAGGGCCUUUGCCAGAAACAACGAAAAGCCUCCGGAUCUUCGGAUUGCUAUUGCCAAUCGCCGAGCACCGUCGCCAAGGAUCGCCCCCAAUUUUGUGUACGCGUCGAUACGAAACGCGAAAUUCUGAAGCUGUGGGAAUAUUAUGGACAGCAAUUGAUGGAGGAGGACCCGCGGAUUAUUGAAGCUCUCGGCUUACAGAAUAUGACCGACGAGGUGGCGAUCGUCACCAAAGCCAAGGAGAGCAUUAUUUUUGCGAUGAGCGAGCUGGACGAGAAGAUGAGACAGACGCUCAGCAUGCAGAAACAUCAACUCAUCCACAAAUGCUCCUUCAACGGGCAGGCAUGUAAUAUCGAUAACGAUUUUAAGCUCGUUUCCGAUCCGACUUUUGGGAAUUGUUUCACGUUUAAUCACGAGCGUCACCUCAACAAAUCGAGUAUACGAGCCGGGCCUAGCUAUGGCCUACGAGUUUUGAUGUUCGUCGACGCAUCCGAUUAUUUGCCAACCACAGAAGCAGUGGGGAUCCGGAUGACGAUACACGAUAAAGACGAGUUUCCGUUUCCGGACACUUUCGGCUACAGCGCCCCAACGGGCUACAUUUCGUCGUUUGGCAUGAAGAUGCAACAAAUGUCCCGUUUACCAGCCCCAUACGGCGAUUGCGUACCGGAUGGGCGAACUACGGGAUAUAUCUACGCAGAUUAUGCCUAUUCCACCGAGGGUUGCUACCGGACUUGUUUCCAAGAGAUGGUCGUUCGCGAGUGUGGCUGUGGUGAUCCGCGAUUCCCCGUACUCGGACACGUGCAGCAUUGUCAAGUGUUCAACCCGGAGCAGCUCUCCUACUCCGAGGCGAUUUGGCCCUCGCAAGCGCUCAAUAUCUCGCUGGGAAAGUGUGACAUGACGCCGGAGGAGUGCAAUGAAGAAUAUCAGGAAAAUGGCGCAAUGAUUGAGGUCUUCUACGAGCAGUUGAAUUAUGAGGUUUACACCGAGUCGGAGGCAUAUGGCAUCGUAAAAAUGUUGGCCGAUUUCGGAGGGCAGCUUGGCUUAUGGUCGGGCGUGUCAUUUAUGACUGUUUGUGAAUUCGGGACUCUCUUCAUCGAAUUGCUAAUCCUGGCCGCCCAUCAUCACAUUGCCAUCUACAGGCGAAAGAAGAUGGAAAAAGCACAAGCUGACAGGUUU